UUCUUCGCUGUCGAGUAUUUUUGGUCUGAUAUUCUUCGUCUUCGUCAGUAAUGGCACGUACUAAGCAAACCGCUCGUAAGUCUACUGGUGGUAAGGCACCAAGAAAGCAGUUGGCUACCAAGGCCGCCCGAAAGAGUGCUCCGGCUACCGGUGGUGUUAAGAAGCCUCAUCGUUACAGGCCCGGUACAGUAGCUCUUAGAGAAAUCCGUCGUUAUCAGAAAUCAACCGAAUUGUUGAUCAGAAAGUUGCCCUUCCAACGUUUGGUCCGUGAAAUUGCUCAGGAUUUCAAGACCGAUCUUCGAUUCCAGAGUUCGGCUGUCAUGGCUUUGCAGGAAGCGAGCGAGGCUUACUUGGUAGGUCUUUUUGAAGAUACAAACUUGUGCGCUAUCCAUGCCAAGAGAGUAACCAUUAUGCCAAAGGACAUCCAGUUGUCAAGAAGAAUCAGAGGAGAGCGUGCUUAAAGUAAAUUGCAGGUUAAACGA